AUGAAACAAGCCAAUAAACCCCAGGCCUCACUGACAGCAGGCAGCAGAGUCCUACCAGCAGGGGGCAGAGUGACUCUGACCUGCUCUGUGAACCCAUCACCUGGUUGGAAAUACUACUGGUACAGAGAGAAUAAACUCUCUGAACCUCUGAACAGACAUGAUGCUGUUUCCCAGACAACUGGAACAACCAGUGUCUCACAGGAAGGACUCUACUGGUGCAGAGGAGGAAGAGGAGACCCAGUUUACUACACACACUUCAGUCAGGCUGUUAGGAUUGACACCAUUGUCUCAAACACGGCUGUUGUGACUCUGCAACCAAACUGGACUGAGAUAUACAGAGGAGAGACGAUCACUGUCAGCUGUGAGAUCCAGGGAGGAGGAGACACUGAGUGGACGUAUGAAUGGGAAACUAACAUCUCACUCAAACCUUCAAAUCAACAUGAAUACAGGAUUAGUUCUGCUUCAUCAUCCCACAGUGGAGACUACAGGUGUAGGGGCAGGAUGAAAAGUGCACAACAUAAUACAACAGAGUGGAGUGAUUCAGUCAAAUUGACAGUGUAUGACAAUAAACCCCGGCCUGUCCUCACUGGGUCUCCAUCAUGGCUGAGUCCUGGAGCCUCAGUAACUCUGAAGUGUGAGGUUGAACAUCCAUCUGCAGGAUGGAGGUUCUACUGGUACAAGGCUGUUCCUGAUGGAUCACAGCGCUCCUACAGCUAUGAGCUGCUCCCUGGAAGCAGCAUUGGGACUGAACAGGAUUCCUACAUCGUCCAUGGUCAGACACACACAGCAGGAUAUGUGUGUAAGGCUGGAAGAGGAGACCCAGUGAUUUACACUGAGACUAGUAGAACAAAGUUUGUCUGGUCUGGAGAUGUUCGUCCAUCAGCGUCUCUCACAGUGAGUCCUGACAGAGCGCAGCACUUCAACUCUGACUCUGUCUCACUGAGCUGUGAGGGAAACUCUACUGAGUGGAGAGUGAGGAGGUUUGAUGAGAGUAACUACCUGUCACACUGCUCUGACUGGGGGAGAAUGACCGGAUCCACAUGUAACAUUUACAGUUAUGGGCCCAGUAAUGCAGUGUACUGGUGUGAGUCUGGAUCAGGAGAGUUCAGCAACACAGUCAACAUCACUGUACAGAAUUAUUAUACUCAUGGUAUUAUCCUGCUGAGCCCCGUCCGUCCUGUGACUGAGGGAGAGUCUGUCACUCUUGGCUGUAAACUGAAGACAGAACAUCUUUCCAGUGUGUUUUUCUAUCAGAAUGACAAACUCAUCCAAAAUGGUUCCAGAGUGGAGCUGAAUAUCUCUGCAGUGUCACAGUCAGAUGAAGGUUUCUACAAGUGUCAGUCCUCAGGACGAGUGUCAGCACAGAGUUGGAUGUCAGUUAAAGCAGUUACAAUAGCUGUGCCAAGACCUGAAAGCUCUUCAUUUCCUGUGUCGCUGAUCGUUGGGCCAGUUUGUGGAAUAGUAUUGAUCGUUCUCCUGCUGCUGUUGUUUCACUACAGAAAUUCAACAGAUCCAUGUUGUAACAGACUCACUCAGACUCAAAGAGAGAAUCAGGGCUCUGCUACGGGACAAACAGUCAACCAUGAUCAACAGCAAAUAUAUUCCUCUCUUCUCCACGGUGACGCCUGUGUCUAUGAAUCAAUCAGAGGCUCUGAAAACACUGGAAAAGGUGGAUGUGAUGGUGCAGAGGAGAGCUCUGACUAUAUUAAUGUGAAUCCAGAUUCAGCCACAGGUCCAUAAAAGAUGAACACGAUCAACAUAUCAACGACAACAUGAAAGAAAACACACUCAUGUUCUGGCAGUGAAGGACUUUGUGCAGCUGAGCAGCAGAUUAUAUGAAGAAAAACCAGGAUAUUAAUCUUACAGUGCCUUUUGCUUAUGUAUAUCAAUGAAUACCCUAUUUUUUAAAAACAACUAUAUAUCCUUUAACUUGAAUUGGUUUUGAAUAUUUUCAUGGUGUCUUUAUAUAUGUCAGUCACUCCGCCUCAUCAUGACAUUAAUGAUAGUUGUUUGUCGCUUGUUACUGUUUCCCAGUUCAGUGUUUUGCAGCAUAGCU